AUGACCACGCACAAGGCCCCGCCCAGUAGUGCCUUGCAGCUAACGCGGUUUAACAAUGGUUGGCUCGCUAUCCAGACGGCGAUCUCUACGGCAGAGAAGAGGAACGUGUCUAUCCAACAGACAGAUAUACCUGUCCGUCUGAAGAACAUGGUCGACCUCCUUGUGGACGAAGAGUCCCGGCUGGACGAUGCCAAGGGGACAACGGGCGUCUGUAUGGAAUACCUUCUCAAGCACCACGUCCUCGGUAAGCUGGUCAACUUGGCCGAGAAGGACCAGCCGAAGGGCCUCACGGGUGAGACCAUCCGCACGUUUGCAGGGAUGAUCAACCUGUUGGACGACCAAUUCUUGGUCCACAACUCUGUCCACAAGCCCACCGUUAUGCUUCUACGGACCUGUUGUGGACCCGGGACUGAAUUCGAGGAGAACGAGGACUACCAUGAGGACCUGGUCGAUCUGAUGUACAUCCUCUGCUCCAAGAUCCAUGGUUAUCCAGAGCUCUUGAAUAUCUUUUUCUAUGACCGACAGUGGCUUACUGUGCCUGAAAGGGUCUCGGCAAAGAGGUUGCAGAAGAACAGGGAAACGAUGGCGCUUUUGAGGAGUAUAGGUCGUCGGUCGAGUCUGGCGCUGUCGUCGAUGGAGGAUAACCCACCUACCAACACCCCGGCUUCGACACUUGACCAAAAGGCGGACAAAAACUCGCUCAAGGAGGAAGACGAAGGCGACGACUCUGAGGAACCCCUUGUUCGACCAGGUCACCUUGCCAGGAGUAUGACCGCCGCCAGUCUCCAGGGUCAUGAGAACCAUCAGGAGUCGAAGCGAGACUACGAGUUCCUGCUGUUUACGUAUCUGUCCAAGUUUGUGCAUCGAGAAGGAAAGUCAGGGGACUUUGCGAGGACAGGACUCUUGUUUUUGAUGGAGUUGGCGACUGGCUCCUUGGGCGAAUACAUCCUCGACUCGGAUUUCUCGUCGUAUCUCACGGCGGGUGUUGGAGCAUUGUACUCGCAGCUCCCUCGAAAGUUGAUCGUCAAGGCUGAUUCCAUCAACCUGACCGCCAGCAGCACAAUAUCACCACCACCACCGGAUCCUAGACCAUCGAGGAGAGCCAACAUUGAGCUGUCGACAUCCAAGGAUUUCCAGUCUAGACUAGAUGCGUUCCUGAGAGUCCUCGAGUUCUGUCAAGAUGUCCUCAUGCGCUGUCCUAACACCGAGAUCGCCACCACGCUCUUGGCAUCGUUCAAGACGGUCUUUUUGGAGAACAUUCUUUACCCGUCGAUCCUAGAAUGCUCCGACACUGAUGGAAGCUCGGUCGCCGUUAUCAGCUAUAUCGACUUGAUCCUGCAGGUACUUGAACACGAGGCCCUGGUCGAUCUGGUUGUAGGGUUCCUGAUGGCUUCAGAGGAGGAGGAUACACGGACCAAGGAUGUCGAGGACACCGAUGUCUUUGCCGAAGUACAGAACCCUCAGACAACUUCGCCCUACUUUAUGGCGACCGGGCGCUUCACGCUCAAGGAUCUUGUCCUGUCACGACUCAAGUCUCGAUCGCAACCUACCGUUAUUGCGACGCUGAAGUUGUUGCACACGGUGAUCACUCGGCAUUGCAAGUAUUCUCUCAAAUUGCUCAGUAUCCAACCCGACAAUCGUGCAACCUCUCUUAUCGAGGCCCUGGACAUGCCUGGCCAGCACCCAUACAGGAGCGUGCCCCUGAUCAACCACCACGCCCAUGAGCUCGACCUCUUCUUUGGACUCAUUGCGACCAUUAACCCCGGGAACACCCAGGAGAUUUUUUGUUGCGGAUACGAGUCCUACCUCCGAGAUGCUGAGGGAUCGAUCGAGCAUCAUCAAUGUUUAGUGGAUGGCAACAAGACGGCGGAGGCUCAAAAGACUACCGGCAGCUCAGUCUCGGAGGCAGAGCUCAAAAAGCAGCGGCGUAGGAGCACAAAGUACGGCAACCGAACAAACGACAUGACCGAGGAACUGACAGCGGAAGCAGUAGCGCAGAGUCUGAAGAAGGCUGGCGAGGCUGCUGCUCUUGGUCAUGCAGGAGGACACUCUCAUGAAUCUCGUCACUCAGUACCGAUGCAUCGUCUCCUUCCUUCGGAUCCUUUGCUGCAGAUCCUUUUGGGCACCUUGUCUCAUUUCUUUGCGCACACCGUCGAGUUGAACCUGGCCCUCACCGGAGUGAUUACUUCCCUUGCAAUCUGUCCGUACCGGUCUCUGGAAGGAUGGCUCCUGUUCAAGUCCAGCGAUGUCAAGAAGCCCAAUGAGGAUCGUGGCUCUGAGGAGGACUCUGACAGUGGCGACUCUCAGGGCUUGCAUCUCAUCGACUCUGAACUCGACACGGCUACCUUGAACGACUCUGACGACGAGGACACCCUUCCUUCCUAUCUCACUCGGAGCUCGACGAGGGCCGGCAUGGAGUUUACGAUGCCCUCAGGCCCACCAUCCUUCAAGUCCUUCCCUCCCUUCUUCACCAUGUUGCGGACGCUCACUCAGCAGGUGGAUUACUACCGAAGUGAGAUUGAUGGCUUUGAUGAGUACCUCGCAGAUCGUCGACGAACGCUUCUUGGUACUGCUAUCGAGUCAACGGUAACAUCUGCGGCGAUGAUGACAAGUAGUCCUGGGGGUCUGUUGGGAGGAGGAGGGUCAUCGUUCGACCAGUCACAUAGCAGCUUGCCGUCAUAUCAGUCUGGAUACAACAUGUUUACAUCCAGCGAGUCGUUCUUUGGAGGCUCCUCGAGCGAUCUCUUGGGAGGUGGAGGCCGUCCUUCAACUCCAACCAUCUCGACCGGCAAUAUACCCCAUGCAGCUAGCGGUCCCACUAGCCCCAGAUAUCUCGGCAGCGGUGGACAAUCCGGUGCGGGGUCGAGAGAAACAUCUCCAGCGCCUCAACGUGCCAACUCCAAGACGCCUGUUCAGGGAAGCGGAUUGCCCAACCCGGUCUCAAUGGUCAAGAUCAGUUCCCCCCGCGCUAGGAAGAGUAGCUCCCCGUCCAGUCUGAUGUCGACUCCUUCCAACAUGUCGUUCUUAAUCCCGCCUGGCGUUGGUGGCAAGCGUAAUUUCAAGUCCAAUAGUAACAGUCCGCUCGCGACUUUUGAACCGCGCUUUCCCUCGGCCCCAACGUUGGAGAUUGAUGGACAGUUGGCCAUUCCUUCGUCGUUGCCUGCUUCUUCGUCACAGCCGACAUCGGCAACGACGGCAGGUCCUCCUAGGGCACUGUCGCCCGUCCCUGUGUCACAGCCGAGAGCGCUUUGGGCUCCUACCCCGACCAACGCGACCAGUUUGUCUAAAGUUGGUGGAGGACCCUCCCUUCCCAACUUGGCCUCAUCUGCUCCAUCGGCCCCUGUCCCGUCCACACUCCCUAGCAACUAUCCUCACCAUCACCAGACCAACUUGUCCAUGUCCCAUUCCCAGCUCGGAAACCUGGGUACAAACAGCGCUCUGGCCAAGACAAUGGAGACCAUGAUGAUCAAGCCCCUCUUCCCGGAUGGGUUCGUGAACGACUCUGAUAGCGAGGCCGAGACUUUGUUGGAUAUGGAGGCUGAGUUGAGUGACAGUGACGAUGAGAGCGAUAGUUCUGACGACGAUACCAGCGACAGCGAUGAUGAUGAUGAUUUGGAUGAUGGUGAUGAUGAUACGGAUGAUGCCGACAGGGAGGUUAACUCUGAUCUUCAGGAGCCCUCCCGAGAAGCGCGUCGGCGUCGACGUAAGCAACUCCGUCAGCAACAGCAGAAGCGAGGCGUUGUGGGUGGGAACAAGGGGAUGACGGCCAGCUCUAGUCAAUUGCUCCAGCCGCCUGCCGUUCAGCCUAAACGCGGGGUUCAGCAAGAGCAGCUGGUGUCGUUGGGCCAGUUGUUGACGAAUGUUGUGAUCUUGGAGGAGGCCAUCAAGGAGGUUAUUGCGGUUGCUCAGGUCCGGAAAGGGAUGGGGAUCGACAAAGUUCGUUUCCUUUAA